ACCUGCCCAGCGAUGGCGACGCCCCCAGGGGUCCCCUCGGGGGAGGAAGGACCCAGCUCCCCCCUCCCAGCGAAGCGGGGUGGCCGGAGGGGCCCCCAGCCCCGUCGCAGCCCCGGGCUCCCCGAAACCAAACGCCGCGGCCGAGCCCAGAGGAUGAACAAAGAUGCAGAGGAGCUGGAAUCGAGGCUGCAGCGCCUGGAUCUGAACGUGGAGGCGGCGGUGCCCGUGGGGACAGGUCUGGCCUUUGACGAGCGGCUCACGGAGUUCCACUGCCUGUGGGACGACAGGUACCUGGGGGGCGGGUCCCAGAUCCCCCUGGUCCGGCUGUAUUGGCCGCCCCUCCGGGGGCAGAUCCCGAAAACCCUGUGGGAGCCACAGCCCGUCCCCCCCCCAAUUCCCCGUCUCAAUCUCUGGACCUCAUCCUUCCCGCACAUCUGUAAUCGCCUCACCAUCCUUAACCCUGUUCCGUCCCUUUCUCUGUAA